GGGGGAAAAAAAAAACAACCAUCCUUCUACUUUGCAGUUCAAGUUAUUACUGCCAAAAGGACCUUCCAGUCCUGACCUGGCAUACCACAGAGUCAUUCCAUGAGGGAUUCAACGGGCACUUUGUUUGCUUAUGAUUGUGUUACCUUCAGUUGGUCCUUCUGGAAUUAGGAUGGCAACUUCUACGAGAUUUUAAAGCAAGAUUAUCAAGCCUGUCUACUCCAAGUCUUUCACUAAGUGAUUAUUAACACACAGCAAUAGCCUCCUGUUUUAUAUAGGCUCUGAAGAUAAUCAUCUUUGUCAAGAGAAGUUGGAGUGGGUGUAUCAUGGUGUGCUUAAAAUGAGAGGUGACCUUUAGAUGGUGAGACUGAACAAAGCGCAGCCCAAACCACUGGAAAUUGGAAUCCAUGAUGCGGUGGCUCUAUUGUCAUAUGCCAGCAAAGAUGAGCCUGGGAUUUCUAUGUCUUUUUCUGUUUUGGGACAUAGCUUCAUGCGUAAGAAGAGAAAACAAGAGAGAGAAGCAAGCAGCAGUGUUGGCUACUGCAGAGCUGCCUGCAAAGUCAGUGGAUCUAGCUGCUGUUAACCUGACCGAGCUGGUGAACGGGAUGCUGAGCACGGCACUCAGAGGUACCAAAAAGCUCUUCUCUUUGCUGAGCGUCACGUCCCACAGCUCGUUUGCCUUCCACAAAGUGUCAGUCACCAUUUAUAACAUUUCUAGCCUGAAAAAUGUUGACCCUGGCAAGUUCCCUAUGCAUUACUGCUACUGUUUAAACAACGUGACAAAUGACUUGACAGAUUUCACUGCUUUACUUGUUGAUAUUAUUGGAAACUCUACCAGCUAUCUCACAGAAAUUUUCAAAUCUACUUCUAUUCUCUCAGUGCGUCAGAGCAAUGAUUCAGAUUGUAUCUACAUCUGUGUGAUGACAGGUCAAACAGGGAGAAAUCUUUCUGACUUUUGGGAAAUACCAGUGAAAUCUCCUGCUAUUAAUUACACAUUUUCCAGUAACACAUCUUCUGACCUGGAUUUAGAUUCAGUUUUUUCAAGUUUUGUGAAAUCACAGGAGGACUCAAACAAAACUGUGGAUCCAUCAGCAGAACAUCCAUGGACAUUUAAAAGUACCAACACUCCUCUUGCCCUGAAGGGGGAAGAGAAUCCCAACACAAGGCCCUCACCAUCGCCAGUGACAGUUAGUGUGAAGACAUCAGGGUUUCCACCACUGCAUGUGGACACUUCAAGACCACGAGGCACAGCUGGAGCCCCUCCUGUUGCUGAGGGGACCUUAGUCGCAUCACCAACCUUGCCGCCCAGCCCUGUUUUGCCUUCCUCAGUUCUGUCUACUUCACCCUACCGACCUGGCAUGAUCCUGAAACUUCACUCGGCUGCACGGUGUCCACAGGCAAUCCUCAAAGACCCAUACGUGACCUCACUUCCUGUCACCAUCAUAAUGCAGAAGAUCAAUCCCUGUCUGAUGGAGCUAUGCAGGUUUUUCCAGUUGUGCCUCUGUGUUGGCCAAAGAAGAUAUUCCAUAAAGGAAGCCAUGAGGUACUGUGUUGAGUACUAUUCCUGGUUCUUGAAAAAUGCAAGUUACGUCUGUGAAAGAGUCAAAAGAGUUUCUUACUCCCACACAUUAAAACAGAAAUGCCUUAAGAACAUCUGUAAAUCAUUCUAGAGCACUGAGAAAUUUUACUGCAGUUUGGGGAACAGGGGCAGUUUUAGUAGACUUUUUCACUUCUCAGUGUAAGAAAAAUCAGACUGACAUAGGUUAUUUACAAAUAUGUGUAACAAGACAAGUUAUUAACCAGAUGUUAACAUAUAGAAAUCUGUCUUCCUCCAAAGCAAUGUCAAAAUGGUGUGUAAAAACAGAUGCAUUUUAUACAUGUGUUGUACUUGCAAUAAAAAACAUGA